ACAAAGAUCGCAGGAUUUUGGUGAAAGUUGUCGAACUUUAGCCAUGGCAGAUCACUGUGCCAACUCAUCACAAUGCAGUGAAUUGAGCUUGACUGAUCUCAGCUUGGCUUGGAAUCAGAGUUAUGAGUAUGAACAAUACAUGUCAUUGCCUGAUAUAAGAGGGGAAGAGGCUGCCGAUACGACUUUCUACCAGGCCAGGAUUGUGAUCGGUGUGGCCUUCGUCUGCAUCAUGCUGGUCUGCGGUGUUGGCAAUUUUUUCUUCAUUGUGACCCUGGCCAGAUUCAAGAACCUGAGGAACAUCACCAAUCUCCUCAUAGUCAACCUGGCCAUCUCAGAUUUCAUUGUGGCCAUCGUGUGCUGUCCCUUCGAGAUGGAUUAUUAUGUGGUUAGACAGCUGUCCUGGAGCUUCGGUCAUGUUCUAUGUUCUUCUGUGAACUACCUCAGAAUGGUCUCCCUCUACGUCUCCACCAAUGCACUGCUGGCCAUAGCUGUCGACAGGUAUCUGGUCAUUGUGCAUCCGCUGAAACCUCGUAUGAAGUUUCAGACGGCCUACUGUGUUCUGAUUGCCGUGUGGUUAGUCUCCCUGUUCAUCUCCAUCCCCUCAGCGUACUUUACAACAGAAACGACCUUCGAUACUUCCGUGGGGAGCAAUGGGAAAAUAUUUUGCGGGCAGAUCUGGCCGGCAGACAAGGAACUCUUCUACAAAUCCUAUUUCUUGUUCCUCUUCAUCCUGGAAUUUGUUCUGCCUGUGUUGAGUAUGUCCCUCUGCUAUGUGCAGAUCUGCAGGGAGCUGUGGUUCAAAAGCAUGCCAGGCGUGCAAACCAACCAAAUCAAGAAGCGGCUCCGAGCACGGAGGAAGACGGUCCUGGUCCUUAUGGGUAUACUGACCGCCUACAUCCUCUGCUGGGCUCCAUAUUAUGGAUACACCAUCGUCCGAGAUUUCUUCCCAAACAUGCUCCUGAGAGAAAAGCAUUCCAUCACGGUGUACUACAUUGUAGAGUGCAUGGCAAUGAGCAACAGCAUGAUAAACACGCUCUUCUUCAUUACUGUGAAAAACAACACUUGUAAGUAUGUGAGGAAGGUCCUCCUUCAGCGGUGGAGGGCUGCCUACAUGCCUGACAAAAGCACUGCCAUGCAAGAGUGCCAGACCUCAGUGCUACCAGUAUCCGACGCAUUACCUCAGCAGCAAUAGCCAAUGAGCACUGCAGGUUGAGGUGAUACCUGCCAUGUGGGUAGAUAUUCUGGCAAGGCGAUGCUAAACAAAACGAUUCUACUGAUGUACAGACGUGACAACCAGCCUGGUUAGAAGUGUUGAUGAUGUGGGUGGCAUUGUCUCAACAGUGAAACAAGACUUAGACAGUUGCUGUGAAGUUAUCUGGUGGCCACAGGGGAAGCAAAGAUGGUAGUAAAGGUACUCAAGGAGUUGCACCAUGUGUGCAAGGAGCCAAUUCUAAAGGAGAUUCAGAGUUUACAAAAUGUUCUCAAGAUUCGUAGUCUCCUCCAUCCUACAUACUAAAAGUUUACUCAAACUCAGCAGAUAUCCCGACGCUAAGGCCUGGUAUAACCUGGCUCCCUUUGCUACUCUGCAUUGUUAACGGGCUUUACAAAUGUUUUUCCCAAGACCAAGAACAACUGUUGACGUCAGUGGAGCAAGACUCAUUGCUGACUCCGAACCAAUUCACACACUGAACUUCGUCAAUGCUUUGCCUAUUUCGGACUAACCAAAUAGACCGACGUGUGGUAAGCUGUGACGAGAGCCAAUCAGAAAAGCUCUCAAAUUGGCGGAUGGCUCUGUGCUGGACACGUACUGCAAUCUGACCUCAGACAGGGGUUUCUGGGUGGAGUGAGGAAGAAAUGAAGCAAAUCAGCAAAGACUCCUACCUAUCUGGUGAUCUACAUUGGAAAGUUGUGACACUGUCUUAUUGCCCUCAGCAUCAAAGGGAAGAAAACAACAAGGUGUGUGCAGGAUGGUGGGAACAAGAAUAUUUUCUAAGAUGCAACUUCUCUGUUGUGAUUGCAACAGGCAACGCCCCAGUGCCAGAGCUGACACCAAAAGCUCCCAUGAUUUAGCUCACACUUGCUCUCAAGCAAAGAAAAGAUGGUCUGGUACUGGAUUGACACCUCAUGUAGAAAGGCUGGAGUGCUCACAGCUUUUGGGGUGCUGCUCUAGAUACAUAGAACAUAGAACAUUACAGCACAGUAUAGGCCCUUCGGCCCGCGAUGUUGUGCCAACCUGUCACACCGAUCUGAAGCCCAUCUAACCUACACUAUUCCAUGUAUGUCCAUAUGCUUGUCCAAUGAUGACUUAAAGGGGGGAUAGGAAGAGAGUGAUAGUCAUUGGGGACUCAGUAGUUAGAGGGACUGAUAGAAGGUUUGCCGGGAACAAAAAAGACUUAUGAUUGGUGUGUUGCCUCCCAGGUGCCAGGGUCCGUGAUGUUUCGGAUCGUGUCUUUGGGGUCCUGAGGGGAGAGCGUGACCAGCCCCAAGUCGUGGUCCACAUAGGCACCAACGACAUAGGUAGAAAGAGGGAUAGGGAUGUCAGGCAGGAUUUCAGGGAGCUAGGGUGGAAGCUGAGAGCUAGAACAAACAGAGUGGUCAUCUCUGGUUUGUUACCCGCACCACGUGAUAGCGAGACAAAGAACAAGGAGAGAUUUCAGCUGAACACGUGGCUGCAGGGAUGGUGCAGGAGGGAGGGCUUCAGGUACAUGGACAAU